UAAAAGUUGCCAAAUGGAGAUAUUGGGUUUCAAGAGGAGUGAGACAGGAGUAAAGGGUUUGGCUCUUUGGGUCGUCUUUAUGUUAUGCUAAUCUGGAUAAAUAUUUAUGCCUCGACGCGGUUUAGUCCUUUAGCUUUUUCGACGAAUUCCAGCCGACGUUUUCCAAACAGGCGUCGUGGGCAUUGUGGCUAGCUAACCAAACAACAGAACAGGCCGAUGUUUAACGCUUAAAUGUGGCGUCCAGCCUGGAGAGCGACCCGACCGGGACACGGACUGGUUCAAACGUCCAAAUUUAAACCUGUCGGUUCGGCAUGUCGAUUCAAAUGUGACGUUUUUCGUGUUGGCAGAAGAGCCACAUCGAGGACAAAUGAAAGCCUCCCUUAACAGAAAGAGAGCACGUCAGCGACGACGGGCGUUUUGUGCUGCUUCAAUGCGAUUAUCAUUGUGUCGAUUCAGUCUAUUUUUGGAAAUUUAACUUGCAAGCUGUACAGUAGCCGUCUUUCUAAAUCGGUGGUGGCACCUUACAGGGGGGAAAAAAUACAGCGAGCGUGGCUUUUUCUUCGCAGUGUGCUUGCUAGUGCGGAUUUCGGACUGUGAAUUUGAGCGUGUAAAUGCACAUAAAUGAUCUAACACUAAACGACUUUUUUAUUUUUUUAUGAAACCACAUAAAAAUAUAUUUAUUUUAAAUUCCAGUCCUGUUUAGCGGGAUUUCUAUUAAGUUUUGGACACAGUGGACGCUCAAGAGCCUUGUUUUCUUUUAGCUAACAAUUUGAGCUGAAAACUAAACGCGCAGUUAUGGACGUUGACAUGGGUCUUAGAUUGUGGUGGUUCUUUAUUUUUUCUACUUUCUAUCCAUAUUUGGAGCUGUCUGCAAAAUAAAAUGAUCAGACAUCGGGUGUUCAAGGGUAGACACUGUGUCCUGUUAAACAUUGUGCAACAACUAUUGAAGGAUAAGGGAGCCUCGUAGCCAACUCUCUUUUUACCUGUUAUCUUAACAUAUUAGUAUAAAACAAUUUGCGCCGUGUGUGAAAGCUUCAGGUAUUUUUUAAUGAUUUAUUUGAUACAGUUUAGUAAAUUAAAUCAGCCAUUUUUAUGUAGCAACCUAGUCGUCUUUGUUCUCCCAGAUUCAAAGAUGGAGGCUGAACGUGGUUCAGUCACAAAGACAGCUCAUGACAUGGUAACAGCCAUUUUGUUGGACUGCAGUUUUUAUGCACACAUACAGGAGGACUCAAACUGCAUUUCUACAUUGAAUGAAAUAAACUUGAAUUUGAAGGACGUUUAGUUUUAUUUUUUUGGUCAAUGUUGGAUUAGCAUCUGUAGGGACUUUAAAAUUUAAUGAUAUUCUGCCAGCAUGUUUACAUGUAAAUUUACACCAGAACACCUACAGAUCAUUAUUCCUAGAUAAGCUUAGUGCCCAUAUUCUUGUUUUUUUCCUUUGUUCCCCACCAGUAUAGCUGCAUACUGCUGACUGACACAACAUAAUGUAGAGAUAAAUAACCAUUCAGUAUAUAAAUGGAGCAGAGUGUUGUUAUUUACACUCAGUUGCCCAUUUUCAGUCUGCACAUAUGAACAACCAAUGUGGGGCGGCAGAGGAGGGAAAUAGGAGGGAGUUUGUGUGUCAGAAUAGACAAGCCAUUUGUAGGAGAUGAAGGCCAUCCUGUCCUUGUGUACCGAAUAAAUGCUUCCUUCUGCAUCCCUGUUUCAUACACUCACUUUUCUGUCUGAAAUACCUCACCCAUCAUUCUGAAAUUUUACCAAAUGUUGCUUUUCACUCUACAGCCCAGCCCGUUACAGGAGAGAAAGAGUGUAAAAUAACUGAGUCCAUGCUUCCUGCUGGAAAUCUGUGUCAUGGAUGAUGACGACGAUCGCCGUCUUCUGGAUAUAUUAGGAGAUGUGGAUGCACUGAAUGACUAUCUUCAUGGCAGAAACAAUAAGUCUAUUGAAGAGGAUGAUGUGACAAAUGCAGCUUAUGGGUCAGAUGGAUCCUUUUUUGCUAACGAUACAACUGGCUCCACAACUGGCCUCAAAGAUGGUUCUUCAGUGGGUGACUUUGGUGAGGACACAGCCGGGGCAGGCCUCCAGCUCUCCAGCAGCCUCUCUUUUAUCGAGGACGAAUUGGGUGCUGGAAGCUCCCCUGAAGGGGUGGAUCUCGGGGGAGAGGACCAGCCCUUCGACAUCCUCCAGAAGUCUCUCCUGGAAGCCGACAUUACAGAGCAGACUCUGGCCCAGGAGGCCUUGCUGGACUCCCAGCCUGCUCCCACUCUUAUGCAUGCUUCAGUUCCCUUUUCCUCCCAUAUGGUCUCAGGGGGUUAUGGAGGAGGUGUGGUAACCACAGCGACAGCUGCUUUUCCAACUGGCCAGUUACUGCAAGGAAUGAACCCGCUGCCUAAUGGCUCUGCCCAGCAUAUCCAAGUGUUGGGCUCGUUUGGGGCGAGUGGUGGCGUGAUGACUUUGAGCAGCUUAGAAAGAACUCCACAGAUUGUGUUAAGGCCAGGGGUGCCUGUAGCUCCAACAGGUACUGCAACAGGGGGCCAAGUGUUUGCCCCUACCCAAGGGCAGGUAGGCCAAGUUGGCUUACCUUUCAAAAAUAUCCCCCUUCAAAACAUCAUCAUCCAGAGAGGCCCUGGAGGGACCCAGACUCUUGUCAGACCAAUCCAGCCUAAACCCCCCCAAGCUGGGGCUCAGACUGUCUACAGCCUUGGUCUUCAGCCCACUGCCACCACCGUGUCUAAUAUCACUAACGCUAAUGCUGCUGCUCCUGCUGGACAGUAUGCAGCCAAUGGCUCUAUUGUGUUGCAGCAGCCUCUAGAACAGCAACAAGUGCAGGCCCAGACCAAUGUACAGCCUGGACAGUUCUUACUACCCAACUCCUUGGCACUCACUCCGUCCAGCACCAUUCAAAAUGGUCCCACCGACCCAACCUCAAACACCCUAAUUACAAGUCAAAACACAGUUCAGAUUGUUGCAGGGCAGAACUUCACUGCAACACCAGGAGGACAGCUAAUUUUGAAUCAGGGAGUAGUGAGUGGGGGUCAGGUUGGAGGGACAGUAACUCAGACGUGGACAGGAGUUUCUGCUACAAGCUCCACCCCUGUGCAGACGUCUUGUGCUCCCGGACGGCUGACUCUGAUCGGCCCAGCUUCUACGGGAAUCGGUGGUCAAGGGCAAGCGUCAGGUUGUGCCGUGCAGCGCCUUCUAGUGACUCAAACUCCGAACUGCACUUCUCUGUCGCCUUUACCUGGUAACGUGAUGCAGGAGCAACAAGACUUCAGACAGAAUUCUUCUUCACCUGCUUUUAAAUCGGCAAAACUCAGCAGUAUCCAUGCAGUGACACAAGAUUCAACACUAAACUCUGAGGUCAGUACUCAGAAGCGGCCCAUCGUACCACUGCUUACAAAAGGAGAAAUGAUUUUACAACAAUUAAGGAAGGAUCACGGUGGAGUUCAGACUCCAGAUCGACAGAAGUUCACCUCAGUUGAUGAUGCACUGCUAAGACUCCUCCCUUACCAUGUGGUCCAGGGGGCUCCACCAAGCCACAAUGAGUUCUCAGAAGUGGAUGAGGAAUUUGAGGCAGCUGCAUCUCAGGUGCUGAAGAGGACCCAGGCCAUGGUGAAUAAAUACAGACGACUACUGAUGGUUGAAGCAGAGCGUUCCAGUCCAUCUUCAGAGAUGGUGAUGAUUGACAGGACCUUCAAUCAGGAGGAGCGCAGCAACCUGACACAAGACAAGCGCAUGGUGCUGGUAGAUCCAGACAACUUUUUGGAAGACUUCUGUUGUGGGAUGAAAUCCAAGCUUUUCCAGGACCCCGUUCCCACCCAGCCGACGACUAGCUGUAAUUGGGACCAGUCAGAGCAAGAUUCCAUGGAGCCACCAUACAGGACAGAAACCCAGUCUGGGUAUGGAGAUCCUGGAGGGGGUGGGGCUGUAGGACCAGGUUCAGCAGGUGAUCCACACCUGCCACACUUAGAAAACAAGAGCAUGUCGGACAUAAAGAGAUCUCAGCAGUACUUUGGGUCCAGCAGCACCGGCAGCAGCAGCAGUUACCCCCAAGGCAAACCCUCACACUUUGCAGCACCGUCAGGACAGACUCUCUUCCAGGUCUCGCACCACCACCCAGUGCAGCCUUCGUACUCGCCCCAGCUCACGUCACCCCCUCACCCUGACACAGAUUCUGCUUUAGAGGCAGCAGUCAACAGCAUCCUGGAAUGUUAAAAGUGAUGCUCCAUAUCAGCCCUACCGUUUCACUUCAGCUUCUUUUGUGGGCCUUUUUUUGUUUUUGUCAAACGCCUGUGUGAAAAGAGGUUUACUCUUCUUUCUGGUCUGCCCAUGUGACACGCAACCAUGUAGCAUGUAUGUAGUCAGUGAUGAUGUCAAGGUGAACACAGGCACUUAACCUAUAAAGAUCCGGGAUUGUGUGCAAUGCAGUGAAUUUACAGAUGCAAAAAAAAAACAACAAAAAACGUUUUUUCUGUUAUUGUAACAUUAUUAUAAAGUAGUAAGGUUUGCAACUCUUAACAAAAAAGCAGCACUUAAUGCAAGAGUUUCCUCUCUUCACACGCCACUUGACAGUUUGUGCCAGUUAAUUUUCCACAGGGAUGAUGAGGAGGGACGAAGUGGCGACUCUGUGCCUAACUCCAGGUUUUCUAUGGAAGUGUUUACAUGCAGUUUUAUUCCGAAAUAUCUUUUAUUUUCCUCCUGCAUUACAAAUCUAAGCAGUGCACACAUAUUUGAUAGCUUCAUAGUGGAACAGUUAAACUCAGUAAAGACACGUUCACAGACAAAUUGCACUAAACAUACUGUUGUUUCAGGAACUAUAGAAGUACGAAGCCCUUCUUGUUGAUACAUAGCAUAUGUUGGGCUAAACAGAAUGUGAACAUGUGGAGUAAAACCUAAAUCUAUUUGCCUGCUUUCCAGCUGCCUGUAACAAGGACAACCUCUUAUUCACACUAGAAAAAAACUUGUCAAACUAGUCAUGUAGUCACUAAACUCAGUGCUUUUUCUUUUUUUUCUGCUUAAGUCACAUUUUCUUUGGCAUUUUUCUUUUGUACCUUAAAGGUAUGCAAGUCCCGACACAGACGCAGGACAAAUCUCUCAUAUCAUUUCACAAUGAGUUUGUGUCCGUGGAGCUAAAGUCCUCAGAUUGAGGAAGAAAUGUUAAAUCAAUCUGUUUUAUUUAGAUUUUAAUUUCCUCAUUUUUAGAAAUGACAUUAAUAAGAGGACUGUUUUUGUUUGUUGUGAUGUGUUCCCCAGCCUUGUGAACAUGACAGUACCUUCAUCAGUUUAAAUGGCCCUGGAGGGUUGUUGAUUGUAUGUACGUUUGUUUGCCUUCUACAUACAGUUCUAUAUUUAUUAUAUCUAUCAAUGCUUUAUUACCUUGACAUGUAUGUCAGUGUGUGUUUAUCUUCUUCCAUACACACUGAUUUAUGACUGCUUUCACGUAGUUUGCCAUCACUUUCACUUUGUCCCCAUGUGUUUUCCAGGAUCGAACAAUGUUUUUCUCACGUUUUUAGUUUGUUUUCCAGCAUUUCUCACAUUUCCUCCAUUUUUCUCAGCAGCAAAACCAAAAAUAUAGAGAGGAGUCUUAUUCAGAAUCCCCCCCACAGCUACUUUUUGUUCUAGUGACAGCAGCUCUGUGGCUGUUAAAUUUUUUAUUUAUUCUUUUUUUUUAAGCCAGAAUAACUCAGGUUCUGGUUUAAGUAUUUUUAAGGUUUUGUAUACUUUUUAAAGUCAAAACCGACCAUUUGCUAUAUUGUAGCAAUCCUUCGUGUUGACUGUAUAAUUCAGCUUUUCUAAUGAGCUUUUUGAUAACAAAUCUACAGAAACCUGCACUGUGGUGAAAGCAAGAAAUUCUUGUAAAUGCAACACAGGACCAAAGGUUAGGUUUAAUGUAUUAAAUGCACCUGGGGUUGAUUCUGGAUAACACCACUUUUCUUUGCUGUGAAAGAUGCUUACUAAUGGGCUACAGGAGUGGACUGGAGGCCUUUUAUGCAGAGUAAUAGUUUUUUUUUUCCAGUAGCCAUCACAGCUUGCCUGUAUCUCAGCCUCAGCCCUUCUAAAAUCAGCCAGUGUGCACUGAGAAAACUGGGCUCUCUGCUCUAAAAAUGAGAUCUCUCACGAGUGAGGGUAGGCCGAGAUUUUGCAUUUGCACAUUCAAAGUGACUGCUAAAAGAUUUUGUGCCUCCGUAGCACUUAUAGCCACAAGGAAGUUAGUUUUAUGCUUGCAUAAGGGCAGGAUUGCUGGUAAAAACAUUGCAUUAUCUGGAAGCAUAUCACAGUCUCCGGGGCCUGGUGAGAACAUGCUGUGCUUUCCCGUCUGUACUGUUUCUGAAUCCAUUUUCACUGUCGUCUCACUUGAUUUGUGAUUUGUAUAGUUUGUUUUGUAAAAAAAAAAAAGUAUUUAUAAUUUUUGUAUUGACCAAAAAAAAAAAAAAGAUUGUUUAAAGAAAAAUGGAAAUUAUUUUUAUUGUGUUGGCUGAGAGGCGAUGUCAAGAAAAGUAGUUACAAAAAUGCUGUAAUUUCUUCAUUAGUAGCUAAUGUGUGUUCACUACAGCAGCAAGGAGAGUCAACAAUAAAUUCAUUUGAAAUACAAGAACAGAACAGGUCCAA